AUGAGUGUCGAAGAAACCGAAGACAGCCUUUAUCCCAUUGCAGUUUUACUGGACGAACUGAGGGCCGAUGAUGUCAAUUAUCGAUUAAAUGCCAUCCGGCGACUUUCCACAAUCGCUUUAGCCUUGGGGGUGCAAAGAACACGAGAUGAACUUAUACCAUUCCUUGACGAAUCCAUUGAUGAUGAAGAUGAAGUGCUUCUUGCACUUGCUGAAGAGCUUGGCAAUUUUGUCGAAUAUGUUGGUGGAAAAGAAUACGCGCAUAUUAUACUUGGUCCAUUGGAAAAUUUGGCGGCUGUAGAGGAAACUCUAGUCAGAGAAAAGGCAUGUAUACAGUAUAAUGCUGUCGAGUCUCUCACCAAGAUCGCGGAAGUGCUUUCUCAACAACAAAUUGAGGAAUAUUAUAUACCACUUAUUAAACGUCUGGGAGGUGGUGAUUGGUUCACGAAUCGCACUAGUGCCUGUGGUUUGUUCGCAGCAGCUUAUCAGAAUGCAACACCAGCUUCGCAAGAAGAAUUACGGUCAAUGUUCAGACAGUUAACUAUGGAUGACACGCCAAUGGUUCGAAGGGCUGCUGCUGCGAACCUAGGGAAAUUUUCCAAAAAAAUUCCAAAAGAACAGGUCAUCUCAGAUAUAAUUCCGCUGUUUAACAAACUUGCACAAGACGAACAGGAUUCCGUACGCUUACUAACGGUGGAUGAUCUUGUUUCGAUUGCCGAGAUCCUUACAAAAGAAGAGAGUAAGACCUAUCUUUUACAAACAUUAAGGAGCAUGGUAUCUGAUAAGAGUUGGAGAGUUCGAUAUAUGAUUGCUGAAAAUUUUGUCAAGAUCGCGAAGGCUGUAGGAGAUGAAGUGACGCGUGAAGAAUUGGUAUUGGCAUUUGUUAAUCUACUCAAAGAUAAUGAGGCUGAAGUGAAAACAGCCUCUUCCGGUCAAGUUCCAGGUUUCGCCCAAUAUAUUGACAAACAGACAAUUUUGUCUCACAUAUUACCAUGUGUCAAGGAUUUGGUAACCGAUACCUCACAACACGUCCGUGCUAGUCUGGCUACCCAAAUUAGUGGUCUGGCACCUAUUUUGGGCAAGGAAGCCACGACCGAACAUUUGCUACCUCUCUUUUUACAACUUUUGAAAGAUGAGUCCCCUGACGUGAGGCUUAACAUCAUAUCCAAGUUAAAACAAGUGAACGAAGUUAUUGGCAUUGAACUCUUGUCACAGAACCUUCUUCCGGCAAUAGUUGAAUUGGCUGAAGAUAAACAGUGGCGUGUGCGACUUGCGAUCAUUGAUCAUAUUCCCUUGCUUGCGAGUCAAUUGGGUGUCUCCUUUUUUGAUGAGAAGCUUGGAAAUCUUUGUAUGUCUUGGCUAGGGGAUAACGUAUAUUCCAUUCGUGAGGCGGCAACGGUUAAUUUGAAAAAAUUAACCGAAGUUUUUGGUGUUGAAUGGGCCAAGACUACUAUCAUACCAAAAGUUUUGGCGAUGGGCACUCAUCCAAAUUACCUAUACAGAAUGACUACGAUUUUUGCGAUCACGACGAUGGCGCCUGCAGUUACCCCUGAAGUUAUCAGAGACCACAUCCUUCCCACAGUGAAUAACCUUGUCUCCGAUCCUAUUCCUAACAUUCGGUUCAAUGUUGCUAAAUCCUACGAAGUAUUAAUACCAGUUCUUAAACGAAGUCCUGAAACGGGAGUACUAUUGGAAACCCAAGUAAAACCGGCGUUGGAUAAAUUAAGGGAGGAUUCGGAUGUCGAUGUCAAAUACUUUGCUGAAAAGGCAUUACUUUCUG